UGUAAAUCAAGCACACCUUUUGUUUACGUUCAACAUGGAAACGGGAUAAAAUUUUCUCUUUUUUUAAAAAUUUAUAAGUUAUCAUGUCCCUUGAAACUCAGACACAGACAGGCGCUUCUGGGUCUGCACGACCUUAUCGGAGACGCCGGACACGCGUGGGAAAUGACAAGAAAAUACAAGAUGACGAAUUCAUGGCCGCCGCAAUCGGCGAUGUUGAGUGGCUAAGGCAGAGUUUGAGAGACCAAAAACUUGAGCAUGGGCAGAUUAAUUAUGACAAAAAUGGACUAACAGCUUUACAUCUAUCAGCAAUACAUGGUAGAUUAGAAUGUUUGAAGCUUCUGAUUGAGAAGUACAAGUUUGACAUCAACUUACCAAGCAGCACUGGAUGGCGGGCCAUUCAUCUAUGUAUCAGUAAUCAAACUGGAAAGAGGGCCAUUCAAUGUCUACAAUAUCUCCUUGAUAAAAAAGCAGAUUCUUCUGUAGGUAAUGAUGAUGGUAUAACACCGCUCCAUCAGGCAGCUAGUGAAGGACAUGUACAAUGUCUUAAGAUGUUAAUUGAUCAUGGAGCUAAAAUAGAUGGAGAAGAUUGUAGGGGACAUACCCCACUUGAUCUGGCAAAACUCUGGGGCCACAGAAAAUGUGCAAGGAUAAUAGCAGCUGAGAUGUGGCAGCAAGGUAAAGACAAUAUUGCGAAGGAAAUGCAGCAGCUUCGUAAACUAAAGAUGCAGCAAGUCCUGCGGGAAAUGGAGCUAGAGGCUGAAUAUAAGGCACAAAACGAGCACUAUAGUGAAGAAGCUUUUAAGAAAUGGCUAUCUAAACAAGGAUUAGAACAGGACAAACCAACUGGUCCGAAGCAUGUGAAGGAAAGAAAAGAGUCUGAUAAGCAAGAGUCCUUGAUGAAAGCAAACAGUGUUUCAACAAAGAGUUCAACUACAGUGAAGAGUAAGGGCAAUUAUAGACGUCCCGAUUCUAUUCCGACAUGGAAAACACCACGGCCUCGAGAAAUGUCCCCGCUGAGUCGAAAAACAACAAAUAUAAGUCAGGUCACUGAAGAGGAGGAUACUGGCUUGUAUGAAAUAGCUGAAAAUAAUGACCAGGUUCAGACUGAAAAACGGGCUAAAAGUGCAGGAUUUGUAAAUCCAACUCCUUGGAAAAUACCGUUAAAAGCCAGCGACCCUCCAUAUAUAACAAACCUUACUGAUGACUAUCCCAGAGAUGACUUCACGAAAAUGCCUUUGGUUGAGUCGGCACCAAAAUACUUUGAUGGACGGGCUGGUCCAAGGUUAUAUAAGAAAGACGUCAAAGAGGGAAGUAUUGAUACUAAAAAGAAGUUACGGAAGCCAAAUGUACCUAAAGAAAUUGCUAAAAGAAUAAUGACUGAUGAUCCAACAUUAGAUGAACGACCUGUUUUAUUUAAACCGAAGCACAUCGCAGAUGUUCAGGUAAAGAAAAAGUAUGGCGAUGAGGUGGUCGGGAAAAGUGAAGUUUCGCUUCAUUUAUGUGACGACAUGUCGUCAUUUUUGUUUAAAAACAGUUUGAAUAAAGGAGCAGACUUUAACGUUGCUUCAAAGGGCAAACCCCUGACAGCGGAACAUCGGAAACUUCUUGAGAACAACAGUAUAUUAGACUCCCAUCCGAGUACGAGGUCCACGUCAACAAGUAACUGGUCAUCAAUAAAAUUCCCGAGGGAACGGGUUCUACAAUCCCUUCACAUAAUGUCAAAGCCAGGUGCAUUUCCAGAUAUGAAAGGCGAAGAAUACAUUAUUGGUAGUGGUCAGAUGACAGUGUAAUCUUGUCCUAGACUGCAAAAUAGAGUGAUAGCAUAAUAUGCUACUAGGUAGUACCAGCGGUUCAAAUUUGUGUACAAGAACAGUAUUUUAUGAGUAGACCUACAUUGUUUGUCUGGUGUUACACCCCUUUACCUCUCUUCCUUACUUGCUGAUUUGUUUUUGCUUUUCAGUUACGUACAUGAUGAAACUAUCUUGCUUUUCAAUUCUAGCAUGACGAAACUAUAGCUUUGUUUUGUGAUGAUUCUGCUGAAUUUGUGUUUUGAAUAUGCAUUGUAUGUGGAGCUAUUUAUAUUUAUUUAGUAAAUCAAAAUAAUUUUGAACAGAUGGCUAAUAUGCAGAUGCUUCUGAAUUCAAAAUUCAUCACUGAUAUAUUUAAAUGUUGAAUUCUGCUUAAGCCGAUGCUAGGGGACGUGGAGGGUAGCUUACAACUUUCAGAACCGUCCAUGAACCGGUUCAAUCAAACAGAGCCUGCAACAUUUUCAAUUUUACUGUCUUGGGCAUUCUUUAGGAAUUUUUUUUCUAUGUUAUGUCACUUUUAUCAUAACUGUCAUGUCAGUGUAAUUCACAAAGUUUUUAAUGUCCUCAAAACAAGACAAACAAAAAAAAUAACCAAAAACAGUAAUGCAUGUUUAUAUAAAAAUAAGUUUUUAUAUCAGAGUAUUCAUUGUAUCUUAGAUUUUGGGUUUUAUAGCAGGGUUUCUUUCAGGUCUGGACUUUUGCAAAUUGGGAUCGAAUGUGUCGAAUUGUUAUUUUUUGAGUAAUUAAGCAGUUUAGAUGUAUUGUUAAAUUUUUAAUAACUGUUGAUUUAUAAUACUUUUUCUGGGUAAAAACUGGAACUUUUCCGUAGAUUUGGAAAGAAUACAUUAAAUGCACCAAUCACUGUUUGUAAAGAUUUAUUUCUUGAAAAUUAAAUGUAAUAUGUAAUGUUGAGAUACAUGCAUACAAAGAUUUUGUCAAAACAUACUGGUUGGGGACCACCAAAACCAGGUAACCACCAAACUCGGACGGCCCCAAAAAUGCUUAAUUUAUUUUUUUCCUUUGUUCAGUGGUUGUCGAUCUAUCAGUCACUUUUUUAACAACAAUAAAUGCAUGUUUCUUCCUAAAUUAAGUAAUUAAAUUUAUUUUAAGGUAAUAUUUUAAUGUCUACUUCAAGAAUGUUGAUGUUGAAAAUUUGGGCGUUAGGAGUGCAAUACCUGAACUCAUAUACCAGUUAUAAUAAACAAUAAAAUAUCCAAAACGUCAGCAAAUGCUGCUAAAAUAUUGUUAAUCAUGUUAGAAAUAAAAAAUUAAAAUACCCAAGCAUUUAAAUGAAUUAAAUAACAUCAUGUACAUAUCUGUCAGGAAGAGCCUCAGAUAUGUCAAUAUAAUCAGAAAUAGUCAAACUACUGUGUUAGUUAGGAGAAGAACCGAGCUGUACUGUGUCAAAUUUUUAGGUCUCUAGGUUUGAAAUUAUGAAAUCUUUAUGGAAAAAUGCUCAAAAAGUGUCCAGUUGAUGGUCCCCGACCAGUAGUGCAGUUUAUUUACUAAUAAAAUGCUGUUUUACUUUUCAAUAAAUAAAUUUCAACUACCUUUUUUAUGCAAAAAAAAACUGCUUGUAAACAGAUGUUAACAAGCACAUCUUUUAUGUACUUAGAAUUGUGUUUUAACUACUUGAAUAGCCAUCUGUUAUACUUAAUUGAGCACCUUAUUUAAUUUUUACAAGUGUUGAAAUGUUUAUCUUGUGCAUCUAUUAUUUUAAAUUCACACAUUGUUAUAUACAACUUUAUUUCACUGCCAUUAUAAUCUUUUAAGCUUUAUCAUGUUAAUCAAAUCUUGAUACAUGUAUUUUUUUUAAACAUGUGUCCUAAGCCUUAGUUUAACCCCUUGUUCUGUUGAUCUUCUUAUACGGACUUGUCCUGGUUCUAUUUUCGUUAUUUUCAUUAUCAAUUUUGGGUUAAGCAAGAAGAAAUAUUGAAGCAUGUUAGCCAGCAGUAUAGAGCCUGGCCCUGUGUUCACAAAGAAUUGAGGAUCAGAAUCAAAUUUAAAACCUCAAAAAUAUUAUCCAUAAAUCAUGUAAUUGUUUAUCUUCAUAUGUUAAAUAUCUAAUAUUUUCUGAUAAAAGUAGACUUAAAUUAACAUGUUUAUGAAAUUUUAGAAUAUAUUUAUUGCUAUUUUUGAAAGAUAUGAGCAUUUUACAACUAAUCCAUAUUUUAAUCUGAAUCCUAAAGUUAAUCCUUAUUUUGUUCCAAUUAUGUUUGUAUUUGUUUUGUUACUCAUCGAUUUUAUCCUAAAUAGGUUUACUUCUUUUCAAAUCAGCAAUUUUUUACAUUUUAAAUAUGUACCAUAUCAAGCAAAAUAUGAUCAACUUUAGUUUUAUAAAACAGUGAAAAUAUAAUCAGGAUCAUUUGAUCCUAAUAUCCUGAUCUUUUUUUUGUGAACACUAGUCCUGGUCAGACUGCAUAGAUAUGCAAACUGGUCUGGCUCUAUACUUGUGGCAAAGUUCUUCUUUCAUUCCUACAUUGUAAUACUUAAAUGCCUUAAUAAAUUGUGAUUACUGCUGUUACAAAGUAAAUCUGUGAUAUGUAUGUUUUAGAUGUUUAUAUUUGCCGUGUCACAACAAAACCAACAUAGUGCGUUUGAGACCAGCAUGGAUCCAGACCAGCCUGUGCAUCUGCGCAGUCUGAUCAGGAUCCAUGCUGUUCGCUAUCAGUUUCUCUACUUGUAAUAGAGUUGGUAAGCGAACAGCAUGGAUUCUGAUCAGACUGUGCAGAUGCCCAGGCUGGUCUGGAUCCAUGCUGGUCGCAAACGCACUAUGUUUGUUUUGUCAUGGCGCGGCUCAUAUUUGUUUAUUAUUAACUUACAAAAUUGAAAGAAUAGGAUAAAAUAUUUCAAUUUGUGGGGGUAGUGUUAUCACAUAAUGAAAAUGAAAACAUUGAAAAUCUGUAAAUCAGAACUGUAUUAGAUCUAUAUUUAUUAUAUUGUCUUUGAUAGUGUAUGUUCAUUUUAUGAAAAACAAUGCUUAAAAGAAUGAAUGUCACAUGAAUAGUGAAUAUUUCUGUACUUUUUAAAUUCUUUAUCUUUUUUUUACAAAUUUUGAUUUUUUUUUAAAAUACAUUCUCUUUCAGAAGCUUGCAGCUUUAAGUGUUUGCUUAAUUUAUAGUUCUGAUUUUUUUUGUAAUUAUUAAACAGGGUUUAUAGAAUAUAUUGUGUACACUUUACUACCGUUAGUGUUUUGUUAAAGAUAUCAAGUUAUAGGAGUGAAUAAACAGAAAAUUUAUUGUUGAAAUGUUAAGAAGGUUAUCAAAAAAAAAAUUUUGUUUAGAAAUUUAUCAAUAAAUUUUCUCUCAGAAGA